AUGGGCCUUGUUUUGGGGGACCAUUUUGCAAUCGGUUUGCUCCAGUUUCUGUUGAUUUCUCUUGUUGCAUCAGAAGAUUUUUCAAUGAAUUCUCAGUCAUUAUUCGUCGUCUUCCAGAUGGUAGGGAAUUCUUCUGGUCCAAGCAAACUUCACUUGAAGAAGAAGCUUAUUCGAUAUGGAAAGGCUCCAAUGCUACAAGAACCUCAGCUUUUCCCAUCUUCAACCUCCUUUUCCAAUUUUAAGUCAACUCCUUCUGCUGCUUGUCAGAUUCGUGAUAAGGAAGCCGAGGCAAAGUCGACAGAAGUAAACAAAAAAAGAAGAAAAAAGGUUUAUCUAUACGAUCAUGGCAAUCAUUCUAGCAACUAUGAGGUCGAUGAUAGCCUUAAAUCAGUAUCAGAGAGUUUGGGAUACAGUUCGAGCAAUCAUGCCAGAAGAACCAGAAGUGAGAAAAGCCUUGAUGAUUUCAUGUCUGUUCAUGAUGGCAGAGAGACAACAAGUCAGGAGAUGUUACAAAGUCGAAGACUGAGGAGGAUGUGCACAAGUGCUGUCUCGAGAGCUCGAUCCUUCUGUGACUCCAAGUCAGAGGAGUUGGAACAUCAAACACAGAUUAGCAGGCAUAAGCCAAGAAGCAGGAGGCAUGGUGAUACCAUUGGUUCUCUUCGCGAAUCUUCUGCAUUUUUUGAUGGAUUUGGUGAAAUUGGACAGCAUCAUCGACGCUGUAGGUCUAGCAGAAACAAGGAUAAUCGUCGUGGAGAUUGUUCCUCUCCUUCUUUAUGCAGCAUAACAAGGAGUGGAAGUAAGAUCAGGCAUCACAGCAAAAAGAGUAAAAAGAAUUCAUCGCUCUCGCAGCGCUACCAAAUCAAGCCACUGCUAGAAGAUAGCUCUGAUGGAGCUUGUUCAUCAACACAUCAGAUAGAGGAUGAUCUAUCGAGAAGCAUACAGGAACUUGAAUUGGAGGCAUUCAGUCAAUUGCGCCCAACUAAACGAUCGGCUUUAGAACGGUCAUCGUACCACACAGCUCAAGAAGACAGGGAAUUGAUCCUUCAUGGAGGAUCUGGCAGAGAGAUUCUGGAGAGCCGAAGUCUAUGCGAGAAGUACAGACCAAGGUCUUUCGAUGAAAUACUCGGCCAGCCAUUUGUGAUUGAAUCACUUAAAAAUGCUAUUUCAAAGGGAUCAUCCCCUGCAUAUGUGUUUCAGGGCCCUUCUGGGACAGGGAAAACCACUGUUGCAAUGGUUUUUGCAGCAGCUCUUAAUUGUCAGUCGAUCAAAGAUAAGCAACCCUGUGGAUUAUGCAACCCUUGCACCGAUACAUUGUGCAACAGGAACGGGCCAAUUAUAGAGCUCGGCACCAACACUAGAAAGGGAAUGAACAGGUUGAGAUACAUACUGAAACAUGCACCUGCAGCCACCUCAAUCAGGCAAUUUGUAGUUGUUGUUGAUGGAUGCCACAUCUUGUCAUCGGAAGUUUGGUCGGAGCUUUGCAGAGUCGUCGAAGAUCCUCCUCCUCAUGUUGCUUUCAUCUUCACUGUAACCCAUCAAGCUAACCUGCCACAUUCUAUCACGUCGCGUUGCAACAAGUACAGAUUCUUAAAGAUAUCUGAGGCAGAUAUUGUUAGUAGAUUGAGAAUACUGUGUGCAAAAGAAAACAUUGACAUCGAAGAUGAAGCUCUGGAAGUAAUAGCCCGCUGUUCAUGUGGAUCUCUUCUCGAAGCAGAAAUGAUGUUAGACCAGUCGACUUUGCUCGGAAAGAGGAUCACUCCUACAACUGUCAAGAAUCUUGUGGGUUUUGUCAGCGAUGAGACAGCACUUGGUCUUCUUGAGGCAGCCUUGUCAUCAGACACUAUCGAGACAGUGAGAAAGUCUAGAGAACUUAUGGACUUUGGCAUUGAUCCAGUGGCUCUAAUGUCUCAGUUAGCAGGGUUUCUUACUGACAUCAUCGCAGGAACUCACAAGCUUGCCACUCAACAAGGCACUGAGGCACCUUAUGGCAAAAAUAUUUUGACUGAAGUGAAGCUUGAUAGAUUGCUACAAGCACUGCAGAUUCUAUCUGAUGCAGAAAAGCAGCUAAGCCUUUCAAGCGAACCGUCGACAUGGUUUACUGCAGCUCUAAUAAAGCUCAGUAGCCACAACACGGAACCUAAUACUCCGAGCAGUUGCUCCAGGAUCAGCAAUGAGAAACUGAAUGAUGCAUCAAACAAGCUGAAACAUGCUUCGAAGAACAUCACAUCCUCUAUUUCUAAAGUUAAAUCUGGAUCCUAUAGUACUCAAGGUUCUCAUUUGAUUGGCUCGAUUACAAAGAUGAAAACAGAUAGUUCAGUAUCAAGUAUGGAAUCACAUGGAACCUCAGAAGAAGACCAUCAUUCAAAUGAAUACACAAACAGAAAGGUCCUUGAGUAUGCAAGUUCAGAAAAACUGGAGAUGAUCUGGAGAGAUUGCAUUGAGAAAUGUUAUAUCAAAGAGCUGAAGCAAUUGCUAGCGUUUCAUUUGAAAUUGGUGGAAAUCAAGGAAUCUGAAAGUGCUUUGAUUGCUUGUUUAGUGGCCACCGACAAUAAAGCAAAACACCAAGCUGAGAGAUUUUUAAGCAGCAUCACAAACUUAAUAACGACAACAUUGAAGCAAAGUGUGGAGGUCAUGAUCAAUAUAAUGCCUCGUAAAUCAAGUCAGUACAAUGAAGCAACCAGCUUUAUUAACAAGAUGGGCAGGUUAAAUCUUAAUAUGAAUCAACUGGAACAUUCACAAGUGGAUGAAGAAAGAUCACAGGAUCUAACAUUGCUUAUUCAGACUUUAGGAAGAAACAAUUGGGGCGACAAUAAGACAUUUCUUCAUGAACAAAGACUGGACAAUGCAUGGAAGGAAGAAGCCAAAAAAGGUGAAACUGAAUUCAGAACCCACAAUUUGUGGUAUUCUGACUCAAGAAAUGCUGGCCAAAAUGGUGUUGCAAGGAUAAUUGCAGGAUCAACAAACCAAUGUGCAUUUAACACUGAUACCAACAAGUUAAAUCCCCAAAGCAGCCAACAUGUUUACAAGAGAGAGCACAACCACAUGUCGAAGAGGCAUCACCCUACUCUUUCUCCAAGCCUAUUGCACAUUGACAACCUCAUGGCAGACUUGGCCAACAAAAAACAGGGGCAUGAGGAUGCAGCUGAGUACGAUGGAUUUUGCUGCUGGAAGACUAGCCAGCCAAAGAAUAGAGAGAUGAGAGAAGAAAGAGGUGCAAGUCCAAACAUGGCUGGGAUCCUUCCAUGCUUUGGCAAGUGCUGGGCAAGGAAGAACAAAGACGACAGAUACAGGAUAUGA